UUCUUGCUUUUGGUUAAAGCUAGGGUUUUUUGUUUUUUGAAGAGUGAUACCAAUGGAGGAGAAUCUUCCUCCUGGAUUUCGAUUUCAUCCGACCGACGAAGAACUCAUCACUUAUUAUUUAACCACCAAGGUCUCUGAUAAUACUUUCACGUCCAAAGCCAUCGUUGAUGCGGAUCUCAAUAAAUGUGAACCGUGGGAUCUCCCAGGAAAGGCUUCAAUGGGAGAGAAAGAAUGGUAUUUUUUUAACUUGAGAGAUAGAAAAUACCCAACUGGACUUCGAACCAACCGAGCCACAGAGGCUGGUUACUGGAAAACGACUGGAAAAGACAAGGAAAUCUUUCGUGCUGGUUCAGGAGUUCUUGUGGGAAUGAAGAAAACCCUAGUUUUCUACAAGGGGAGAGCUCCCAAGGGGGUGAAAAGCAAUUGGGUCAUGCAUGAAUAUAGAUUAGAUCACAAACAUUCUUUCAGAUCCACAAAGGAAGAAUGGGUAGUCUGUAGAGUAUUCCAGAAAAGCUCAGUGAAGAAACCACAGCAACCAACAUUUUCUUCGCAAGCACCAUCACUUGAAUCUCCAUGUGACACAAACUCGAUCGUCAAUGAGUUUGGAGACAUUGAGCUGCCCAACUUAAAUACCAUUAAUGCAGCUAAUUCAUCAAGCACGACUACAUUCAGUAACAUAUCAACACAAAGCUAUCAUAAUGGUGGUCCUAAUCAUCACAUUAAUGACUUAAAUAUGAAUAUGAACCUGAACAUGGCGAUUGCUGCAGCAACUGCAAAUCUUUCGUCACCGCUCUCUUGGACUUCUAGCUUGUUGGGCUCAAAUCUUUCAGUGAAUUCUUUAAUUUUGAGAGCAUUGCAGCAAAGAAAUAUGGCUAGAGAUCAAGCUACGAGUGUCGAUCAUCAACAUCACUACUCAAUUAUGCAACAAGCUGGAAUUGGUAAUUUAGAGAACAACAAAAAUGAUUUGAGCACUUCCAGCUUCCAAACUUCUUUUUCUAAGGUUUUAGAUCCAGCGCAAACACAACCACAACAGGAGCAACAAUUUAAUUUAGACACAAUGUGGUAAAGAGCUUUAUAUAUAAAUCAAUUGUGAAAAAUCUAACUUUUGUUUCAAUCCUUAACUCAAGUGCAUGGAAAACUGUAUCGUGUGCACUGUUGUAAUCAUAAAAUAUGGC